GUAAAUUAGUGGGUAGAAAUUUGGUUUAACACAAUUUUACUAAGCAUUAUGCAUCAAAUGAGCACAAUAUAAAAAAGCGGUUACAGUUUGGGCCAUCAUGUAAUAAUGAAGGACCCAGGUGAUGCUCUACUUAAGUGGUAAACAUUCACAAAGAAAUUGGCAAGUAAUACAAUUCCCAAAAGCCAGCUGACACACUGUGAAUCCUUUGCUCGGUUGGUAAUAAACGACUAAGGAUGGAUUGCUUUCAUUUUUUAACGUUUUAAGGUUUUUGCUUUUAUUUUGAAGGCCGCGCCUUUCACUUCCUUGUUGCCGUUGCGUUUGUACCCUGCAGCGCCACCUGUUGGCCGCGGCCGCUCUUUGUCAAAUCAUCAUUGUAGAGACGUUGUAGAGGUAGGAGGGUUCAAUCAGCGGAUAUUUUAAACCCACUGCAGCCUGUAAUGCACCAACAGGGAGCAGAAGGCUUGUUUUUGAAUCAAUAGAUGACAGCGGGCACACACCAGUCGAAACGUCCCUGGUGACUCGGAGAUGGGACAAACACAUUUGUUGUUGACAGCGCAGCGUAUCGCCAUGAAGCCAGCUUCAUGUUACCGAUGCCGUGCUUUCGAUUCCCAGCAGCCUGGAGCCUGGACAGUCUAAGUUAAACGGCUGAUCUGCUCUGACUGACAAGUCCUGGUAUUUCCCAUCUGAACCUGAUGAUAUGAGAGGCUCCAGGAGGCGGUGAUGGAGCUCCAGGACUUGGGCUGGCUGUGUCUGGUGGGUCUCUUUCUAGCCUCCUUGCUCAUUGUGCUGGGGUGGCUGUUCCAGUACUUACAGACCGUGCUGCGGCUGUGGAGAGCCAGGAAGUCCGCCGAGCGGGACAGGAGAGGACCAGCCCGGCAGCAGCUCACCACCGCGCAGCCCCGCAAGGGCCGGGGUGGGGGCGUGUGGGGCUUCCUCAUGAAGCUCCGCUGGGGCCGGGAUGGAGGACCCGCAUCUGAGGCCGGGGUUAAAGGCUUGUUGACUUCUCUGUUCUCCUUCAAGUCCUUCAGGGAGCACUGGCAGAGAACCUGGGUCAAAGCUCUGAAUGAGCAAGCCUGCAGGCACGGGAGCUCCAUCCAGAUCACUUUUGACAGCAGUCUCCAGUUAACUGCUGCCUCUACAAUAGAUAGUGUGACCUGCACCGACCAAUCGGCACACCGAAUGGUUUUACACUGUAAAUGUUGGGUGGACACAGUGACAUUUCCCGUGACGGUCACUCAGCAGUCACCCGCUGCUGUUUCCAUGGACACCUAUCAGAUCACUAUAGCACCUAUGGUGACAAAGGUGGUGGUAUGUCUGGAGGAGGUGGAGGAUGAGGGUCUGCUGAUGUCCUGGACUCUUUCCAAGCAGCCGUCAUUUUCUCUGAAAGUGUCUCCAUGCAAGCUGCAGAGACAGGCCACUGAAGGUGAGGUAGACCUGGGCAUGAUUAAGGGACUGAUAGAGGACACUCUGUUCAGCACUCAGCCCGCCAUGGUCCUCAACCUCAAGACUUGUGCGUCCAGUCCUUUGGCCCCCAUGGACCAUCUAUCAGUGGAAUUGAACUCUGUAUCCCAGAGCAUUCUGGUGCGACGACUCCAGCUCCGGCAGCUCAGUGUGACCUUAAGUAAAGGUCAGUGGUCCAGAUCAGAGGAGCUGUGCUGCAUCCUGAGCCUGGACCAACCCUCCACAGAGAGGACAACCCGCUUCCUGCCUGUGCCCAGCAACCCCGACACCCCACUGGAGUGGAGUGAAGAUGUUACUCUGGAGCUGGGCCCAGAAACCAAAGAGCUGAGAGUAAGACUUAUGGAGCGGAAUGGCAAAAGGGAACAAUUCCUGCCUGGGCACGCCUCCAUUGCCUUGGACCUCCGGCGCAACAUUCCCACUGGAAAACAUAUACUGUCAAUAAGCCCUGGCCACGGCUUGGCACCAAACACUACUGUCACAGCAGAGCUGCUGUAUGUGGAAACAGAGGAGCCUCGCAGCGCCCACAAUGCUUUGCCACUUCGUUCCUCGCUCACCCCCACCAAGAAAGUCGAUGUGGACCGAACCAUCAUGCCAGAUGGAACCAUCGUCACCACCGUCACGACGGUCCAGUCUCGACUCAAACUGGAGCGCAGUCCAGGAGAUUCCCCUUUGCGUUCACCCUCAAAAGUGGAAGUGAAUGAGAAGAAACCCACCAUCCUGUCGGACGGCAGAGGCAGCACCAGCCCCAGCCCCAACCCCAGCAAGACGGCCAUUCGCCAGCUGACAGAGUCCGCCUCUAAAGCAGCACGGAAGACACCAACAAAGAGGAGCACACUGAUCAUCUCGGGCGUGUCAAAGGUUCCACUCUCAGAGGAUGACUGUGCGUUAACGAGCGGCUACGCUGCAGCCAUGGACGCAGCCAUGCACGGCAACCAUUUCGGGGCGGGGCAUCACCAGGACCCAGACGAAACCACACCCUCUGAUGUGUCGGAGCGUCCGUCUGUGGACGAUGUGGAAUCAGAUACUGGUUCCACUGGUGCCUUGGAAACCCGCAGUCUCAAGGACCACAAAGUGGGCUUUCUGCAGAGCGGCACAAAGCUGUUGUUCCGCAGACGACAUCGAGAGAAGGAGUCCUGCCUCAGCCAAUCCCACGAAGACAUCUCCAACAUGGGCAAUAACUUUGCUGCUGCCGCAUCCAGCAGCCGUAAGAAGUCUGGCAGCUUCUCCCGACGCCUCAUCAAACGCUUCUCUUUCCGCUCAUCAGGCAAAUCAAAAGGCAAAGGCAGCGCUACCAAUGGAGGAGCGAGCUCACUGGAUCACUGAGUAUCAUUGUUAGGGUAGGACAUGGGUCACCCUGACCUAGCAGGACCUUUCUAAAGCCUGUGUUGGUACCGUCAGAAGAACAAGUACACCGUGAGUCCAGUUUGUGACAGGUCGAACACCCCAGGCGGGUUGUCACCUGUACAAGUCGAAAGGAGGAUACCUCUGGGAGGGCUUUCCUCUGGAAAAGAAAUUACUGCACCUUCAGGACAGAAGUCAUGUUUAAUCACAUCACUGAGGUUUAAAUGUGAUUAUUAUAUUUCAAGGAGAAAUCUGCUGCUCAGUGAGCAGAAGGGAAUAAGUACAAUGAAAUGCUGUAUGCCCUAUUUGAACACAAAGUAUAGUGGGAGUGUUUAAUUGUGACCAAUAGUGGAAAUGCUCUUAAACUACCAUGAUAGAAAAUACCAGUAUAAGAUUAUUGGCUGCACUUUGGACUUCAAAGUUUCUUAACAGCACAUAUUAAGUUCCUGGGUUGUGUAAAGUAAUUUAUUAUUAUGUGGUUCUCAUGAAACAAGUGCUAUUUAUUUUGCUCCCAAAAAACACAAGUCAUCAUAGUUGCAUAACACUGUAAAAAUAGAAACAUUGCUGUGUUUUUAAGUGUGUUCACGAAAAUCAGUCUUAAUCUAGCUGUAAUGUCCAUUCAUAAUUUCUCAUACAUUGGUUUUAGAAUAUUGUUCAAUGUUGUAUCUUAUAUAAGAAGCAGAAAAUCUAACAUAUUUAUUGUUCGUUUUAUUUUAUAAAGGUACUUUCUGUGGAAUUUCAUUUGACAUUUAGCUCAUAAAUGCAUUUUAGCUUGCUUUUGAAACUUCAACCAGCCUGGAUCUCUAGAGGACUCUUCAAGCUGGGCAGAGUUUAAACUUUAAACUGAACUGCUGACAUGUAAUCUCAUAAUCUAAAUAAGUCCUAAGUAACAUUUGUCAUAUUAUGUUUCUUUUUAAACAAACUGAGGUCUGACAUGAGUUGUAACAGUGCUGCAGUUUUUAGAGGUCUCAAGGAGGGGUUAGGAGAUGCUUUGCUGAGGCACCAUGAGCAACAAGAUUGUCAAGGUUUAUGAACAGGUGAUGGAUGGACAUGCCCAGGGCUAGAAAUUGAAUUGCUACUAGUAACCAGAGAUUUGGGGAAACCUGCAGCAUCCUUCAAAUGCAAACAGAACCAGUAUGUAAAAAUGUACAUGCAUUUUUGGCUAUUUGUGUUUUGUCUUUUAUUUGCAUUCUGCAUUAAUUAUGAGACUUUGGAACAACCAAGCUAAAUCACUCUGAUUUUACUUUUCAUUUUUAUUUACACCAAUAAAAGAAUAGCUGUUAAAAGGGAUCAAAAAGAUAUGGAGUCAGUGUUCGCUGUCAGAAGGACGCUAAUGGACACAUACCAUGUGCUGUACAAAAUUACAACCAAUUAAAAAAUGCUGAAGAAAUUAACAAAGCCACUUCAUUGUCUAAAGGCACAUUACGUACAUAUAUUUAUGUGGCUGGAAUGUGAAACAGGCUGCAAAAUUUAAGAUGUGUAUAAUUUCUGUUGUUAUAUUUAAAAUGUUUAAUUUAUUGCAAAUAAAUUAUUUUUGAAGCUCA